AAAAUGAUGAAAAUGCUAUUUUUAAUAUAUUGGUUAAUGAUUAUGCUAUUCAAGAUCAUAAUUUCACAGUUAAAGUUGUUUUCCCACAUUCUAAUUCUCAGCUUGCGCAUUUGAAGAGUACUAUUCGUCCGCACGAUUCGCUUGUUUUUGUUGUUGGCCAAAUGGAGGUCGUUGAUAAUGAUUUUUAUGUUUAUGCAAAAGAUGUCAAUUUUGUUGAUGUUGGUUUCUUAAAGCAUAAAAAUUUUGAUGAUAGUGGUUCUAGUAGUUCUACAGAGGUUGUUAGUAUGAUUUGGUCAAAAAUUCUUUCUACUCAUCGAAAUAUUUAUGAGAAUUCUAAGGAUUCUAAAGAUAUUUCUAAGGUUGAGGAAUCAUCAUCUGCAGUUUUGACUGAUGGUGUAUUAUUGUCUGAUAGUAAUUCUUCUAAACGUGUUAGAGUCGAAAAUGAUAAUGAAUCUAUCGAAUCUACUAAUGUUUUAGAUUCUUCUGAUGUUGUCGAUAAUUUUGGUGAGGGUCAGGCUAAUGAGGUUGAAGGUGCAUUAAAAUGUGUGGAUAGUGCGAGAAAUGCUAGUUGUGGUG